GUGUGCGCGCGCGCUGCACAAUGGCUGCUGGGAAGGACAAAUGUUAUGUAGUUGGCUGCAAUAAACAACAUGUGUCCGUGCACGUUCUCCCUGCCGUGCAGAACCGAGCUGCGUGGCUUCAUUUCAUUUUUGACGGCAACGUCCCAGCCACGCUGCCUAAGAAAGUUGUAGUUUGUGCCAAUCACUUCACAGAGGACUCCUUUGAAAACUACCGACAGUACACUGCUGGAUUUGCCAGAAGACUUCGGCUGAGGGAAAACUCUGUCCCAACAGUCCGCAGGAAAUCUGCAGAGGACGGAGCUGCUACAGCAUCUCCAACGACAAGAGAAGUAGGUUGCCAAACAGAACCAGCACAGAUCCAGAAACGGACUGUUGGUACACAGCUAUCUCAGCGGACUCUCCCACCUACCUUCAGAAGCAAAGGUGUCCAGGUGACUUUUUCAACCAAACACACUGGUGUUGGCGUGACAAGUCUAGCCUUCGCUGCACCGCCGCCUACGGUGACAUCAACACCUGUGAAGGAACCUGGUGUUAUGGAGGACAUGGACAUUGAGCUCGAGGGCAGCACUUCCAGAGUCUCUUCUCAAGGGCUGGACGCCACCCAUGAUCCUGCGGACUCAGCAGAUAUUUUAGACGCUACACCGACUCCAGUCCAUCAGGAGAAAAAAUACAUUGUAUAUGAGAUCAGCAUUAAGGAGCUGUUCCAGGAGUGUCCUGUGUGCAAGCGCCCCUGCACCAUUCAAACCCGACGCCUCGGGACAUUCGUCGCAGUGUUACAGAAGUGCAUCCAUUGUGAGUUCAGUCGAACGUGGAACAGCCAACCACUGCUUAAUAGCACUCCAGCUGGCAAUCUUCAUCUCUCAGCUGCGGUCUAUCUCUCCGGGGUAUCAUAUAUUACAGUUCAAAAGGUCUUCAGGGCCAUGCACCUGCAAACGCUCCUUUAUGACGCCUUCCGUCGACACGCUCGUACAUAUGUCGAACCUGCCAUUGUCCACAAAUGGAAGACGUCUCAAGAUGGCAUGUUGCAGCGCCUUAGUAUGGAAAACGCCAUUGUAGGUGGCAUGAGAGCCGACUCUCCAGGUCACUCUGCCAAAUUUUGUAGCUACACAAUGAUGGACUUGAAAACCAACACUGUGAUCGAUAUUCAGUUAGUUCAGAGCAGUGAGGUAGGCGGCACCUCUAACAUGGAGAAGGAGGGUCUGAAGAGAGGCCUCGUAUUUUUGAAGGAGCGCGGGGUUAAUGUUGACUGCAUAGUGACUGACCGACACCCACAGGUUCAGAAGUUUCUGAGGGAAAACGGCAUAAAUCAAUAUUACAAUGUCUGGCGCAUGGAGAAAGGAAUCUCAAAGAAAUUGGGCAAGAUAUGUAAAAAGAAAGAUUGCCAGAGCCUGAAGAAGUGGCUUCCUGCUAUAAAAAAUCACAUAUACUGGACUGCGGCGACAUCCACAACAGGACCAGAAAGAGUGGCCAAGUGGACCUCCAUCCUCAACCACGUACGGGACGUCCACAUCCACCAGGACCCCUUCUUCCCUGCCUGUCUUCAUUCAGCUCGCCAAACCAAAGACCAUAAUAAAUGGCUGACAGCAGGAACGCCAGCAUUUUACCAGCUGGAGAAGGUGCUGAGUACCAAAAAGGUUCUCAAGGACGUUGCCAAACUCGCUCCCCACCACCAAGCCUCUGCGUUAGAAGGAUUUCACCGCGUUAUCUUGAGAUUUGCUCCUAAAAAUGUAGUGUAUCCUUUCCUUGGAGUGCUUUGCAGACUCUACCUGGCCGCUCUACAUUUUAACGAAAACACGACACGAGACCAGGCGUCAACAUCCUCCGAGGAUCCUCGUCACAGAGGAUGUUUUUCAAAAUCUCACAAGGUCGAGUGCAGGGUAAAACCCAUUAAAACACAGGAAACUUUCCGAUAUGUGGAAGACUUGACGUGUCUGAUUAUGGGAGAGGUCUUUCGGGACCCUGAACCGUAUUGGGUGCAACUCCUCCAAAUAGACGUCCCUCCAGACCUUUCCUCAGGACAUGAAUAUCUGGAAUAGGAGCAGAUGAUUAGCCCGUUCGUGUCACUCCUCAGCCAAGGGGAGGGAGUCUGAAGCCAACAUAUGGUCCUUGCUGGUCAGGAAACUGCACGAUCCCGCAGGGCAAAACACAUCAUAGGAUGACAACUCUGAUCAUGUACUCAAGAAAUCCCCAACACCAACUCACAAAACUGCUAUAGGUACAUAUUUGUAAUGAUUAAAAUUUAUACUGUAUUACUUGUAAUAAAUAUCCUUUUGUAUA